UGAAACGUACAGUACUUUUUUGUCAAUAUACAUUUAUUACAUCAAUGAAAUGUAUAUAGAAUGAAAGAAAACUAUAUACCAAUAGGUUCGAAUUCAAUCUAUUUAUGAAAAAUUAGGGAUACGGUAAUUGAAGAAAGGCAAUGAAAACACUUGAUUACACGGGGGUUUAGAUGUUGAUUUUUCUAUUUCUUUCGGAUAUAACGAAUAUUUUGUUCAUUCGACACUGCCGGAAAAGCGCCAGCGCAGUCUGUAAUAAAGGAUACGGCUGGUGUUAGAAAAGAAAGCACAUAUUAUAUGGAUAACUACGAAGCAACUAUAACAGUUCACAAAUCGCCGCCACAACAGAGAAAACAAUAUUUUGACUAUAUUGAAAUAGAUGAUGAAACUAAGGACGACUCGGACAGGGUUUAUCCCGCUUUCAAAUUAUCAAAAAGAAAAAACUUGAGAGUCACGUUCAGCGAUCAUAUUGAAGUGGAUGUUAUUGAGGACUAUGAAAGUUUUGACGAGAAAGAGGAUCAAAACAGUGUUCUUGAAGAAACUGUGUACGAAAUCCCUGUGGACAGAACCAAAGGUCUUCGGCAAAUUUCAAGUAGUGCCGAGUUCAAAUCUGUGACUGAGAAUAUAUCACCACGACACACAAGGGCGCAAUCAGUGGGAGAUGCUAAACUUACAACUAAAACAACUGUUACAAAAACAAAGUCUCAACUACAACAACCGUCAGAAAAUUCUCAGUUUUCUCAACCAUUACUUCAGAAACGUAGAAGUACAACGAAAUGUUCUUUAGCUGAUUUAGAAAAGAAAACGAAAGAAUACAUAGCUCAACUACAAGAGAAAACAAAGCGUGCAGAAGCUCAUGCACGAGUUGCACGUGCAAUUUUUCCAGACAUUUCAUCCAAAGUGAAAUCUCAACCACAUUAUAAACAGUUCAUUGCAAACGCAAGACGUGCCGUGGAAAUAACAAGGCGAUAUGAACGGCCAUGGGUAAAUGGGACUUCAGGCCAACAACAAAAUUUGAACACUUGGAGAUAUAAGUCUGAAACAGUGCGAAGAACGUCGUCACUUCCAAAGAACUUUAGAUUACCAGAAAAUUUAACUACUGAGCGACACAGUAGACCAGGCUCUGACAAUGUUUUAUCUGGCGGUGAAAGACAGCGGAUACGGAAUUCUUAGCGAAAAAGUAACUGAUGGAAAUAGAUAUUCAAUAUUUUUCUACUAAUAAAGUCUGUCGUGAACAUUUUUGAAAGGUGAUUCAGGCACAAUCCGUGAGCAUUUCAUAGAAAAUGUGGUUAAAAAAGUGAGGUUUUGUGUGAUUGUAUUAUUUUCUGAUGGUCAAUGAUCGGUCUUGACGACAGUCUGAUGUUUGAUUAACAACUAUAACAAUAUAUAAAUUGAUGCAACCAUUAUCUUGUCAAAAAUUAAGAUGUGAUGUCAUGAUUCUAUGGUUUCAUAUUUCGGCACAAUAGCAUUGUCAUUAUGCUUUUUAAAGAAACACUGCCUCUGCUAGUAUAUUGUCUCUAUAGUUAUUCUAACAGUAUCUGUUAAAAACGGCAGAACUGUGUAAUAGAUAUUUACAGUAUUAUUACAUUAAUGUGCUAUACCUGUCCGAAAUUACUUUAUUCUACUGCUUCUGUAAAAUUGAAACAUGACCUAAAACUUCAAAUUUUCCAUUGUUAUACUAUUGUACGAUGCACUGCUUCAAAAUGUUGCAUAUUAUGGAACAAGAUUUCAGUCAUUUUUUUUUUCAAAUGUAUCUUAUGAUUAAGAAUUACUUCUUACUUUUGUGUGCUUUGGAAUAUAUUUUAGUUAAGAUUGUAUUUUAAGAAUCAAAAGAAUCUAUCGAAAUCAAAACAAAAGAUUUUCAAAAAAUCACCCAGAUGACUCGUGCAUAGCUACGACUCAUACUGUCUUCACGCUAGUAACUGAAAAAACUUGCGGAAUGUUAAGAUUAAUACUGAAGGCCACAGCACGUGUAUUGAAAUCCAAAAUGAUAUAAAAUCGAAUUGUUAAAAAUGUUCAAAUAUUUAACCGCUGAAGAGUUCUUUUGUUGUCAAUUUAUUCAUUUCUAAAAGUCUUUGCUAUCAUAACUUGUUAAUUUAAUUACCUAUUUAAUUUCAGGGGCACUAUCAUCUAAAAUAUGUUUGUAAAUAAUGACUUAAAUUUUGUUGUGUGUUUUUUUAGUAUCUUCCCGGUUUGUUGGUGCCAAAAUUAUAAUAUUGUAAUGAUAUUCAAGGAUAUUAUGAAAAUUAUACUUACGCAAUAAUAAAAAUGCACGGAUUU